AUGGCUGGCAUCGCUUUGCAGGUGCAGGGCAUAUGCCACACCGCCCUUCAAGGCGUCCGCCAGGAGAUGGAGGGCACGCUGCAGAAGCUCAUGGCGCCGUCCGAAAGGCGCCUGGACUAUAUGGAGACCGACUUGCGCAAGUUCCAGAAGGAACAGCAGAGGCAGGAGCGCGAGCAGAAGGACAUCCGCAACGAGCUCGAACGCAUGCAGAAGGUCCUCAACGUGGCGGAAGCACAACUCCCCGCCAUCGACGCUGCCAAGCUGGCAGAAUGGGACCGCGAGCCCAGCCCAUGCGUCUUCACUGCAGGAUCGGCGACAUCUGUCACCGCCUCCGAGGUCAAGCGCUCCAUCGCCGAAUGGGUCGCAGACGCCAACCUGGACAUGUCCGAGAUUCACUUCCAUGGAGAAGCUGCUCCCAACCGCCGACACAUCUUCGAAGUGCGCGCUGGCGCAGGCAGCCAGGCCAAGGCCAUCCAGCUGGCUGCGGCCCUCCGCCUCCGCGGUGGUAGAUGGAGGCGGUUCCAAUGCAUCGACACGCAGGGAGCCACCAACCCGCUGUUCGUGGGCCCAGACAAGAGCGCCAAGCAGAUUCGGAAGGAGGUGCAAACAAAACGAAUGCAGACCCUGCUUGAGAACGCACACCCCGGGCACACAUGGAAAUGCAUCAGGGCGAAGGGCAUCGUCACGAUCGACUCGGUACCGCUGGUCGAGCUCAUCCCGCAGGGGCCAUCAGAGCCCACGCGACUGCUAUGGAAUCCGCAAGCGGCCUCCUACAAUAUCGACGUGGACGCCAUUGCCAAGCAAUUCAACGACCUUUUUCGGAGCUUCGAAGUGGACACCUCGAACUGGAUCAGCACCUCGCGCUACCAGGCACAGUACCAGUACCAGGUCUACCACUACAUG